AUGAGCAACAAUGUGGUAGGUAAUGAGGCAUUUGUUCAGCAUGUGGAUGGUUUAGACUAUGAUUACUUAGUAGAUGAGGGAGAUUAUGUUGACAUAGAGGGUGAUGAACUUAUGGGUGAAAUCGAUUCAGAAACUAAAGACACAGACCUAGUCGAUGCACAAUUCUUGACUGAUGAUGAUGAUAGGGAUAAUGAGGACCUUGUUAUUGCCGAAACUAGUUACCAAACAGACUACAAAGAAACCGAUGGAGAUGAGACUUUGGGAUCCGAUGAUGGGCCAGGAGAUGGCGAACCAACAAGAAGGAGAAGUAGGUAUCCAAGGUAUGAUCCUAAUUGUGUAGUGCCUGUAUUUGCUACAUCUAUGAUGUUUGAUGGUGGUAGACAAUUCAAAGAUGCAGUGAAAAAGCAUUCGGUGGUUGAACGUAGAGAGAUAAAAUUUAUCAAGAAUGAAAAGAAGUUUGUUAGAGCGAAAUGUGUUGAUGAAAAUUGUCCUUGGAAGAUUUCUGCAUCUUUUGAUGUUAGAACUGGAUCAUUCCACGUGAAGACCUACAACGAAGAACACAUUUAUAACAUUAGUUUCAAUAAUAAGAGGGUCACAAGUUCUUGGUUGGCGGAGCACUAUCUUAGUAUAAUUAGAGCAAUGCCAACUAUAAAAACCAUUGCUUUCAAGGAGCUUAUCAAGGAGCAAUUGGGCUUGAAUGUAAGUAUAGAUCAAUGUAACAAAGCAAAGCUACUUGCCUUUAAAGUUUUGAUGGGAAACUAUAGGAAGGAAUAUUCAAAGUUAUGGGAUUAUGCGAAAGAGCUUAGGGAGACAAAUCCUGGGAGUACUCUUACAUUGAAGGUUGAAAAGCCCGACAUGCAUUCUAAGGCAUUAUUUGAGAGAAUGUACAUCUGUUUUGCUGCAUGUAAAAAAGGCUUUCUUGAUGGAUGUAGGAAAGUUAUGGGAUUAGAUGGUUGCUUUUUAAAGGGAAUUUGUAAAGGGGAGAUAUUGUGUGCCAUUGGAAGGGACGCAAACGACCAGAUGUUCCCAAUUGCAUGGGCGGUUGUGAGAAUUGAGAGAGGAGACACAUGGACUUGGUUCUUGACAAGUUUGAUGUAUGACCUCAACAUAACAGACACAAACGGACAAGGCUAG